GACAUAUUGACUGUGUGUGUGUGUGUCUGUGUGUGUGUUUGUGUGUGAGGGAGGGAGGGCGACAGAAAGAGGCACGAGAGAGGAGGAAGCUGUCAAACGCAACCCAAUAGUCCAAAGCGAGCAGAGGACUGUUGGGAGUUCAGUUACAGUUUUGUCAUUUGGGGUGUCAUACAGAGCUUACACAGGAAGUUCAAUCGUAACGGGACUUUAUUCGUUGGACAUCUUUGCUGUGGAGGUGACCGGCUGGAUGCCAUGGACCCGCUGCUGCCCGGAGACACGGAGGCAGACAAAGAUGCGAGGAGGAAGAUCCAGUUCUCCGUGCCUUCCUCCGUGCCCACCCAGCUGGACCCGCGACAGGUGGAAAUGAUUCGACGUCGGAGGCCGACACCAGCCACACUGUUUAGAUUGACAGAACCGCCAUCCCCAGAGGAAGACAUCGGCCCUCACCAGUGGGUUCUGGGGGAAAAUGGAGCCUUGAAAGCCAACCUGGUUCACACAACCUACCAGCCACCCUCGCUUAAAGCUGUCCAAAGGAUGUGCCAGACCCACCUGGCCUCCCUAGACAUGUCUUCUGUGGACAAAGAGGAUCCCUCUUCUGGGGAGGAAGAGGAGGAACGCGAGAAAGAUAGCCAGCAGACAGCCUCAGCUACAGAUCUAAAGGAAGAAAGCAAACCUCUCAGGGAUCAGUGUUCUCCACCUGACAGUUUGACAGGAAGUGGUCAUCUCAGCCGUCACCACGGAGACACAGAGGAGGCCAGAGAAAGAGAGGAUGUAAAAGGAGAAUGACAAAAGAAUAGGGCUCAGAUGGAGAUACCGUGUAAGUGUGGAACAGUGUUUCAUUGCACACGUACUGUACGGGCAUUGUGUGUGUGCCUGCAUGGGUGUGUGUUAUUUGGAUCUGUGAGUUUGUGCAUGAAUGUGACAAAAGUUGAAUUUGGAAAAGAGAUACAGAGAGAGAGAGAGAGAGAGAGAGAGAGAGAGAGAGAGGAAAACAGACAGACAUUGAAGGUCAGAAUAUUAAUGACCAAGUAUAUGGAAAAGUUUAAUGUCUGGCCAGGGCUGCAAUUCCAGUCAGCCAAGGACAAUGCACAAGAAAUAUGAGAACUGCCUUUUCAUAUAAUACAUGUUGUUUUUUUAGGUUCAGGAUUCAACAGCAUUCUGGGACUUUGGGUAGUUUUUCCAGAAAACUAUAUCCAAGUUUAAAAAAUCUGAUUUUGAAUCAUCUUCAUUGACAUGGUGUACAAGGCAUGGCACAUAAUGACACUGGUAGUAAAACACACAUCUCAAGAACAAUUGGAAAGAGCGGAUGAUGUACACAGCUCAGAAUAAUUAUAAACCAUCUUAUGCAUAUUAUACAUGAAUGUAAGAUUCUAUUUUAUCUGUAGUGUGAUGGUCGAAAUGCAUAAAAAUGUGAGGGCCGUUAUAUGGUUAUUUGAUAUUAUGUCUCACAGUUUGACCAGACAUUACGAACAAGGUCCCAAGGCUAUUGUAUGUGAUAGACAGAUAUGGUGCCCUAUAUUACCUGAUAUACUACAUUGUGACAAGGAUACAGUACACAAUUACUGUAUAUUGCAGAGUCAUUCCUUAUUGGGAUUUAACUAAGGAAAUGCAGGGCUGCUUCCAAAGUCAGUACAACUCUUUUCAAUUGGCUAUCUUCAACUUUGUAGACUUUGCUUAC